GAGACGCAGAGAACUAAACUACCACCCUACAAGCACCGACUCCGGCAGAGAGAACCAACUGAACUACCACCCUACAGCUACACACAGACACGGACAGAGAACUAAAGUACAUCCAGAGAAGAGGAGAAAAGGAAGAAGUAGCCGCUGUCUGUCUCCAGAUUGGAUUUAAGCAGUGAAGACUGAGUCAUACUAGUAGUCAGCAAAGAGGGCAACUUCAAUUUGCAACUCCCUCUAUCGACAUCGAGCUAAGGAGAUGGUGCUCAAUAGUUUAGUCGCCUGAUAUGAGAGAGAGAGAGAGAGAGAGAGAACCAGAUGACAGGCAGGGAACGUCUGGACUCACGGGACUGAAAUAAAGCAGAAGAGAGGAUAACUGGAUGACCAGGGGGAGCUGUGUCUGUCUGUCUGUCUGUGCCAGGGAGAGGGCCGGAGGUUUAGCCAGCGGAAAGGGCAUCCUGUGUCUCCUCUUACCUACUGACAGAAGUGGAGAAAGAAGAGCGAGGAAGACUGACAGAGAGACGAGAGGAGAGCAACAGACGGGCCUGUAGCAGUAUGAACGGUCACCGGGGUUUCUCUGUGCUGCGUUCUGAGGCAGUGGGGGCUGUGAGGACAGCUCUGGUGUCUGCUGAGAACCUCCAGCUCACCUUAAAGACUGAACUCAGCCAGGAGGAGCAGCACCUCAAACCCCACACACACACCAACGGAGGCCCCGAUGAGACACACACCAAAGGGUACUGUACAGAAGUGAAUGAUGACCUUAAAGAGAUGCUAGAGAGCAACAAGGAGUCGCUUAAACUGGAAGCCAUGAAGAGGAUUGUUGGGCUGAUCGCUAAGGGGAAGAAUGCCUCCGAGCUGUUCCCAGCAGUGGUGAAGAAUGUGGCCAGUAAGAAUACAGAGCUGAAGAAGUUAGUGUAUGUGUAUCUGGUGAGGUAUGCCGAGGAGCAGCAGGACCUGGCUCUACUGUCCAUCAGCACCUUUCAGAGGGCCCUCAAGGACCCUAACCAGCUGAUCAGAGCCAGUGCUCUGAGGGUUCUGUCCAGUAUCAGAGUCCUCAUCAUCGUUCCCAUCAUGAUGCUGGCCAUCAAGGAGGCUGCCUCCGACAUGUCCCCUUACGUCAGGAAAACAUCCGCCCACGCCAUCCAGAAACUCUACAGCCUGGACCCGGAUCAGAAGGAGCACCUGAUUGAAGUCAUUGAGAAACUGCUGAAGGACAAAAGCACAUUGGUAGCGGGCAGCGUUGUGAUGGCCUUUGAGGAGGUGUGUCCGGACCGUAUUGACCUGAUCCAUAAGAACUACCGUAAACUCUGCAACCUGCUGGUUGACGUGGAGGAGUGGGGUCAGGUGGUCAUCAUCUCCAUGUUGACACGCUACGCCAGGACACAGUUCACCAGCCCCUGGAAAGAGGACAGUGUGUUUGAUGAGCACAGUGUGAGGGCGUUCUAUGAGUCUGAUGAGGAGAAGACUAGAGAUGAGACAGAGGCCAAGGCCUACGUGAUGGACCCCGAUCACAGACUGCUGCUCAGGAACACCAAGCCUCUACUACAGAGCAGAAACACUGCCGUGGUGAUGUCUGUAGCCCAGCUGUACUGGCACCUGGCUCCUAAAAACGAGGUCAGCAUCGUCACCAAAUCGCUGGUCAGACUGCUCAGAAGCCACAGAGAGGUGCAGUACAUUGUGUUACAGAACAUAGCCACCAUGUCCAUCCAGAGAAAGGGCAUGUUUGAACCUUACAUGAAGAGUUUCUAUGUGAGAUCCACAGAUGCCACUCACAUCAAAUCACUCAAGCUGGAGAUCUUGACCAACCUCGCCAACGAAGCCAACAUCUCCACCAUCCUUAGAGAGUUCCAGACCUAUGUGAAGAGCCAGGACAAGCAGUUUGCUGCCGGUACCAUCCAGGCCAUCGGCAGGUGUGCCACCAACAUCUCUGAGGUCACAGACACCUGCCUCAACGGACUGGUGCUGCUGCUCUCUAACAGAGACGUCAUUACAGAGACGGUGGUGGCGGAGAGCGUGGUGGUGAUUAAGAAGCUGCUCCAGACCCAGCCCACCCAGCACAGUGACAUCAUCAAACACAUGGCCAAACUCUUCGACAACAUCACUGUGCCGAUGGCACGGGCCAGCAUUCUGUGGCUGAUGGGAGAGUAUUGUGAGAGGGUCCCUAAGAUCGCCCCUGACGUUCUCCGCAAGAUGGCCAAGAGCUUCACCUCCGAGGAGGACAUCGUCAAGCUCCAGACUGUCAACCUGGCUGCCAAACUCUACCUCACCAACUCCAAACAGACUAAGUUGUUGACCCAGUACAUUCUGAAUCUUGGGAAAUAUGACCAGAACUAUGACAUCAGAGACCGCACGCGUUUCAUCCGCCAGCUCAUUGUUCCCAAUGACAAGAGCGGAGCGCUCAGCAAGUACGCCCACCGCAUCCUGCUGGCGCCCAAACCAGCACCCGUCAUCCAGUCUGCCUACAAAGACCGUGAUCGCUACCAGUUGGGAACCCUGUCCCACACCAUCAACACCAAAGCCAGUGGCUACCUGGAGCUCUCUGAUUGGCCCGCCGUGGCUCCUGACCAAUCAGUGAGGAAUGUGGAGGUGAUCGAGCCGGUGAAGGAGUGGGCUCCGUCGCUAGGGAAGACUGGGAAAUCCAAGCCUGCCAAGUCAUCAGAUGACAAGUUCUACUCUGACUCUGGAGAGGAGGAGGAGGAGGAGGAGGGAUCAGGGAGCAGUAGCAGUGAUGAUAGCAGCAGUAGUAGUGAAGAGUCAGGCAGCGAUGCAGAGAGCAGCGUGGAGAAGAACAGCAGUCAGAGCAGUGAGGAGUCAGACAAGUCCUCCAGCCAAUCAGAGAAGAGUUCCAGUGAGUCUGACACUGAAAAGAAGAAGAGGAAAACUAAGAAACCACUACAGAAGAAGACAGUCAAACCAACGGCCAAAGACAGUGAUUCGGAUGAGAAUAGGAACGUUGCUAAAGAGGCCAGAAGUUCGUCUGCAGAAGAGAGCUCCUCUGAUUCAGAAUCAGACUCAGACACAGACGCUGACUCAGGCACCGAACACAAGAAGAAGACCAAGUCUAAAGCCAAACCCAAGGUGGAGGUGAAGUCAAAUGAGGAGGUGUCUCUGUUGAAUCUGGAUGACUUCACUCCUGCCCCAGUGACCCAGCUCAAGUCUUCUGUCCUCUCCCCCAGCCUGCUAGGAGACCUGGAGGGCCUGUGUCUCUCCAAUGUCUCCUCCACCAUCCAGGUGAGCGGUCCAGCAUUUGUCCCAGAGAAGAGCCAUGACCUGCUGCACCGUAUGACAGGUAAAGGUCUGUCAGCCCAGUACCAGUUCCCCAGACAGCCCUGUCUCUACCAGCCCACCAUGGUCUCAGUCCAGAUCAGCCUGACCAACACCUCAGACCACCCUCUGGAACAGAUCCACAUUGGAGACAGGAGCCCCACAGGACUAAACAUACACUGCUUCAAUACUAUAGAGUGUUUGGAGCCGGAGGCCUCAGUGACUGUUUCCAUGGGCAUCGACUUCAACGACUCAACACAAGCAGCCAACUUCCAGCUGUGUACGAAGGAGGACCAUUUCAGUGUGUCCAUCCAGCCUGCCGUAGGAGAACUCUUCCUGCCCAUCACCAUGACCGAACUGGACUUCCACAAGGAGCAAGGUAAACUGCUGGGCAUGAACGAGAGCUCGGCAACCAUCACCAUGGCAGCAGAGAACAUGACCAGCCAACCAAUCAGCAGACCGGUGGCAACCGUGGCCAACCUGGGAGUGGUUCCAUCCGGUCAAGACAACGUCCACAGGUUUGCUGGUAAGACGGCCAGUAGUGGAGCUGUGGUGCUGGUGACAGUGGAGUUGAGGGAGUUGUCUACAGCCCUGAUCACCAUCAACACAGAGAAGAGUGUCAUGGGCUCCAUGCUGCUCCGAGACCUCAAACAGGCCCUGGCCCAGGCCUAGAGCCUACAGCGCCCCCUAGCCCCAGUCCUCCAACACAGGGAGAAGUCCACAUUUAUUUCUGUCUCCCAAUCUCUAUGCUUCUUCCUCUCUCUUUCAUUCUCUGUCACACAAACACACACUUACAUGCAGGCAAAGAGAUUGAUAUUGUUUCCCUUAUGCUUACACAUCCUCCCAUACAGUUCAUACACACACCUCAUAUUUUUUUACGCUGUGACCAUCUAUUGUCAACAAUGAGCAUCAAUGUUUCUGCUGCAUUUUAUUUCAACAGGAAUCUUGUGUCUCCCCAGACCAGAGACUCUGUAUCUCCCCAGACCAGAUACUGUAUCUCCCCAGACCAGAGACUGUAUCUCCCCAGACCAGAGACUGUAUCUCCCCAGACCAGAGACUCUGUAUCUCCCCAGACCAGAGACUGUAUCUCCCCAGACCAGAGACUCUGUAUCUCCCCAGACCAGAGACUUUAUCUCCCCAGACCAGAGACUGUAUCUCCCAAGACCAGAGACUCUGUAUCUCCCCAGACCAGAGACUCUGUAUCUCCCCAGACCAGAGACUCUGUAUCUCCCCAGACCAGAGACUCUGUAUCUCCCCAGACCAGAGACUCUGUAUCUCCCCAGACCAGAGACUCUGUAUCUCCCCAGACCAGAGACUCUGUAUCUCCCCAGACCAGAGACUCUGUAUCUCCCCAGACCAGAGACUCUGUAUCUCCCCAGACCAGAGACUGUAUCUCCCAAGACCAGAGACUGUAUCUCCCCAGACCAGAGACUCUGUAUCUCCCCAGACCAGAGACUCUGUAUCUCCCCAGACCACCUUUUUAGUGCAAAGAGAAAAGCACUCCUAGAUUCCUUAUAGCCUUUUAUUUAAUAUUAAUAUUAAUAUUUAAAUACUGUUAUUGGGAUUUGAAACCUCUAAAGCUUUUCAAGAGCCAAAAGCCAAGACAAAUGAACUACCAUUAUGCUAUAUACUGUAUGACAUUGAUAUAAACAAGAUACAGUACUAUUCUCACUGUGUUAUGUGCCUCAUCCAUUCCAAACCCUUGUAUUGUUUCCAACAGAGCAACGCCUGUGAAGUGUGUCUGUAAGUGAAAAGGUUAUGUUUUCUUAGGUAACCAAAAAUGUGUUUAUCAAUCAAUGAGGUCUGUAUCACUUUUGGUGAAAAGAAGAACUGAAUAUAUUAAAACUGUAAAGUGAA